AUGCACUUCCUCAGCGCCAGCCUCGUCCUUCUCGCCAUGGCCGCUCGAUUCGGCCUCGCAGAGCCAGUUCCUCUUCCGCUGCCACUUCCAGCCGAAGAUGAAACCGCCCACAACCUCACCGCCCGAAGCGACGGAUGGGCCUACUUCUGCGACGACGCAAACUGCAAAACCAACUGCCAAAAAAGGGGGUACUCGCUCAGCAACCCGGGUUGUUUUGAGGUGCCCAAAGGGCGUCACAGCAUGUUCGCUCAUUUGAGUCACAAUGGCUAUCAAUACUCGUUGAUUCACUCCCCGAGCGCAAAGUGCCCUUGCGAAAGCAAAAAGGCAUGUCGGAUUCUCGAAUCCUUCAUCAAUCCAUCGAUCACCGGUUCUCCAGGAACAGAGAUUCCCCGCAAAGUGUUACAAAAUGCGAAGGGUCUCGUAAUCUUCACCGCGACAAGAGCUGGGUUCCUGGGGUCCGUGCGAUUUGGAUCGGGGGUGAUGAUCGCGAGACUAGACAAUGGAAGCUGGUCGGCGCCCUCAGCCAUCGCAACAGCGGGGGUAGGGUUUGGCGGGCUCUUCGGAGUCGAAUUGACCGAUUUGGUCUUCAUUCUCAACGACGCCCGCGCCGUUCGCACAUUCUCACAGAUGGGGAGCCUCACCAUAGGCGGAAACGUCUCGGUCGCCACAGGACCGGUCGGUCGCAGCGCGGAGUUCAGCACCGGCGCCAGUCUCAAGGGCUGUGCAUCCAUGUUUACCUACUGCAAGACCAAGGGCCUGUUGGGUGGUGCCACAGUAGAGGCGGGUAUGAUCUUGGAGCGGAGGGCUGCCAAUCGGAAACUGUAUAACUGCAAUAUCACGGCCGACAAAAUUCUUCAGGGCGGGAUUCGACCACCGCCCGAAGUCCAACCGCUGAUGGACGUCUUGUAUUCGGAUGUUUUCUACACAGACCCUCAGAACAAGCCACCCAGAGACCCCCACAUGCCGCUGUAUGGCGCGAUUAAAGCGCCAGGGGCUUCUUCCUAUCAGUCAUCAGAACCACAGGAUCGGGGCCUCUCACCCCAGUCGCCUCGAUCAGACCAACAGCUCCAGUCACCAGCUGCGUCGGAAUUACACGCAGUAUCUAGUCGACAGGUCGCGGAACUGCCCACUGAGAGCCCGGCUUUAUCUCCCAGUGAACUACCGACUGAAGCUCCUCGAAAUCAUGAGCGAGACGAAGACCUGUUGAAGGCGAGUGUCCCUGGACUGUUUCCCCACCUUACGGACAUCGGAAAGGGCCAAGAUGACAGCUCCAUAUAUUUCACCUAUACCGCUCCCUCUGAAAAAUACGGGUUCGAUAUUGAGGUCACGGUGAUCGACAUUGAAGAAUACCCACGGUCUCACACAUACUUCGCAUGCGUGGUCGGCGACGCUGCCCCCUACGCUGUUCUUGAGGCCAUUUUGAACCGACAGCCGUCUUACAACGGGCGGGAGGUAUCGGAUUUCUUGGUUUUCAUCAGUCAGUGCAUCGAGCAUGUCAUCCUGGUUUCGGAAAUGGGGGAUGAUCAUGCGCCACCCGGGUCGCCGAUCCUAACAGACGAGGAUGACUCCGAGGACGGUGUUUACGAGACAGACUCGGAGGGUGACGAGAUAUUCACUGCUACGCUGGAGCGUAAGUCUGUCAGGAAAGCCCUACGGCUGGAGCUGCGAGCUGCCAAGGCUGCCGGGUUCAAAGUGGGCUGUCUCGGAGACGUUGAAGGGGCCGUCAUUGUGAGCAUCGCUUGUCGGGUUUCCAAGCUGGGCAUUUCACCCGAGGCCUUGCACGCGUGGAAUGUCCUCGCUUCUGAGUACCUGGUCUUGUUGAUCCGCUACCCGGAGGGGUACAUGGGGUUCGAGAAGAUGAUGUACAGCAGUGCAGGUGGUCUAGGACGAGUGCAGUUCCACGUUGGGCUCUGCGAAUUCUACAAGCCGAGCCUGCAGGUUGCCCAGGAAGCUUUUCUCGGCCACGAGAUCAACCAAGAUAGCAACUCCCAGCAGCGAAAGGAAAAUGUGGGCAGUUUGCUCAAAUCAUUUGUGGCUGGCAAGUCGAUGAAAGACCUUCUCAAUUCCCGCUUGGUGGAUAUGAUCAGAUUUCGGCUCGAGUACGGCUACACCUGGACUGGCGUCGAAGAGUAUAUCGACGAUCGUCAGGACAAGAACCAGACACUAUCGAAGAAGUCGUAUUUUGCAGCCGACGGUUGGGAUAGCUCCGCAACCGGGCUUCUCUGCAGUGACCAGUGCUCGGGCAAGCCGAAGGCGUCCGAGAUAUCGUUGAUAUUGAUCGCGAUGCAAUACACGCUGCGGCGGUUUGUCAAAUGCCCUGAGUUUUGCUUGACGUGCUAUAGCAGGAUCGAUGCUGGAUUUGAAGCUAUCAAGCCAUUCGUCUGCUCCAAGGAACUGUGCAUGUUUCAAUACAUACAUUUCGACAUGGGACCCAGCAUCGAGUGGGAGAUUCUUGCGCAGCCGUAUGUGGUUGAUCUUCUAAUUAGCUUCUGCUAUCUGCGGGCUGCAACUGGCAAGCUGUCGGACUUUCCAACCGGACUUGGCCUCAAAGUACCCAAGGAGAGACCAACGCAUUAUAGAUUAGCAGCGAGUCCAAACGGGAUCCUCGAUCUGACACAUCGGAGACUAACUACGGAUAACAAGAUUUGUGUCAAGCCAGGGGAUUGCUUGGCUCUCGAUCAACACGAUAAAUCUACUCGAACUAUGCAUCGCUCGCAUUGCUGUGUCAUUUCCGUGGAUGACACGGGUUUUACAAUUUCAGAGCCGGUGGAUGAAAACACCCAUACCGAAAAAGCAGGCCUCAAGCUGUCGACCAAGGUCCGAUACGAGCCAUACGACUGCGAUCUGGAUAGUUUGGACAAGAAAAGGAAGCUCGAAGCGAUUCGGGCGCUCAUCAACACGAUUCCUGAUGUCAACUCAAUGAAAUCCUUUAUCUGCUCCAGAGGAGGUAGCGAACGUCCGCUAUCUGAUUGGAAAGAGGCAAUUUCGCCACCUGCGCUGUAUGUGUUGAAAUGGAUUGUGGCAUCUAACCUGUCUUGCAUUAUGCUGGACGAAGACCCCGAGCACCAAGUUUCGGGCGUGGAUAAUUACCUCCAGUUUCGGCUAGCCCAAGGAUCGCCUGACAAGGAAAAGCGGUUUGUAAGAGCUGUCAAAGACAACACUGAUGCGUGGAACCUAAGCCAUCCCACUCUCUUCGCGUGGCACGGAUCACCCGUGGAAAAUUGGCACAGUAUCUUACGCGAGGGCCUGAGAUUCGAUAAGAUUCUUCACGGCCGUACCUAUGGUAACGGUGUAUAUAUGGCCCAGAACUUUGAGACAUCGCAUAGCUACUGCACCCAUACAGUUGCAGUACCCACGGUCCACAAAGAUAACACAGUCGAGUCUUGGUGCAACAGUGCCCUGGGAAUCCAGAUGGCGGUGUCGUUAAAUGAGGUCGUCAACUCCCCUAAGGCCUUCAUGCACUGUUCAAACUUCUGCUAUGUGGUUAGCCAACUUGACUGGAUCCAGACCCGCUAUCUCUUCGUUCGAGUGUCCACGUCGCCUUGGAACGAAACCACCAGACAGCGGCCGACAGUUACCUGCAUCCAGGACCCCUUAUAUACCGCGAUCGGCCCCACCGGAGAAGCCAUUUGUGUCCCAAUUUCAGUGACCAGCACCCGUCGCGACACCAGCGCUUCCUCAAAAAAGUCACUCUUCAAGAAAUUAGACAAGAGGCAGAAGCGCAAGAGGCAAGCCAUCAUAGACGAUGGUCACGACAGUGUAGCCACCCUGGACGAAGACCGCAGCCUUCUAGCGUCCGACUCAGAGGACGAGGCAGCCAAGCGCAAGAAGAUGCUCGAAGACUCCCUGACCAAGACGGAUUUUCGCCCGGGAACUUUGAAAGAAUCCUCCCUGAGCCUGAUGGCAGCCCCCAAGUACGCGACGUCUACUGCAAACCGCGCUCUCCAACAGCGUCUUCAAGCGACUCUAAAAAGCCAGGACCACGAGCCCCUGCACCUUCGCGGCUGGUACAUCGAUCCCACCUUGAUCGACAAUGUGUACCAGUGGAUCGCAGAGCUGCACACCUUCGACCCAUCUCUACCGCUCGCAAAGGACAUGAAGGCUCAACGGGUGACGAGCAUCGUGCUGGAGAUCCGCUUCCCGCCGCAGUUCCCCAUAUCGCCGCCGUUUGUGCGCGUCAUCCGUCCGCGCUUUGUGAUGUGGAGCGCCGGCGGCGGCGGGCACGUCACCGCGGGUGGCGCCAUGUGCCUUGAACUGCUCACCGGGUCGGGCUGGCUGGCUGGAUCGUCGAUCGAGAGCAUCCUGAUCCAAGUGCGCAUGGCCUUGACCAACCUGGACCCGGUCCCAGCUCGGCUGGAUAUGCGCUUAGCCAAUGUCGACUAUACCGUACAGGAGGCGGUGACCGCAUACAAGCGGGUCUGUCUCGCGCAUGGGUGGAAGAUUCCCGAUGACCUGGACAAGGUACAGUGGUAG